AGCAGUGCCUGGAGAGAAGGGAGGGGAUGGAGACUCAGGGCCCCAAGGCCCGCCGGGACUGGACGAGACUGUGAAACUACCAGAAAUUUAUUACAAAUAUGGGGAAAAGGGGACAAAAGGUAUUAAAGGUGUAUGUGGAGUCGAUGGCAUUGAUGGAAGCAACUCCCUCCCAGGACUGAAAGGAGAAAAGGGAAUUGUGGGAUUUCCUGGAUUUCGGGGUCCAUCUGGAACCACUGGAUUUGUUGGACAACCUGGAGGAAAGGGGUUAGACGGGAACUUUGGACUUCCUGGUCUGAUUGGCAAUGCUGGGCCCAAGGGCUUCAGAGGAGACCCCGGGCCAAAAGGACUCAAAUUGUUCCAACAAGUGGAUCACUUAGGCAACCGUGGUGACCCUGGCCCCCCUGGACCAAGAGGACAGAAAGGAGAUAGAGGACAGAUGAGCAUACAUGGCAUUCCAGGUCUCCGUGGGCCAGCAGUUGCAGGGCCAAUGGGUGAACCAGGACUGCCAGGAACUCCCGGGCUAAAAGGCAUUAAAGGAGACCCUUCAAUUUACUACAUAAAUGAGCCAGCACCAGGAGAGCCUGGGAAACCAGGGCCUGAAGGACCCAAAGGUGCUAAAGGAGUACCUGGACCUCCAGGCUGUGGAGGGUAUUACUGCAUCCCAGCCCAUCAAGGAGACCUUGGAGAGGAAGGCGAUAAAGGGCCACCUGGAUCUCCAGGAAUAAAAGGAUUGAAAGGUUGCGAUGGAGAAUGCGAGUGCGGUGACCCCCCUGAUAUGGUGGGCGAUUCUGGCCUCACGGGGGAAGAGGGCCUACGGGGUAGCUCUGGACCACGUGGGAAAAAGGGAAAGACUGGCAGUGAGGGCACACCUGGGGACAUGGGAGGGAGAGGGACGCGUGGCCUCGAAGGAUUUCCAGGUGCUCUAGGUGAGAAAGGUCAGAAAGGUGACCUGUACGUGAUGAACGUUAAAGGUGAGAAAGGUCACCAAGGACCCCCUGGACUUCUUGGUCGUCGAGGCUUCUUUGGGUCACCCGGAGAUGAUGGAAAACCUGGUGCACCGGGGGACCCUGGUCUAGAGGGGGACAGCUAUCCAGGGUGCACAGGUGACAGGGGAUGUCAAGGUGAAGAUGGGCACAAUGGACUCCCUGGACCACCUGGCCCCCAAGGGUAUGGUAUACCGGGUGCUGUGGGGGAUCGAGGGCCACCAGGAGAUCAGGGGCACCCAGGGCUAACAGGAUCCCCUGGACCCAAAGGUGCCCAAGGUGACACACAUCCAUGUCCGAUCAGUAACCCUGGCCCCCCUGGGCCAAAGGGUCCGUCUGGCCCCAGAGGGACCACGGGGGCACCAGGAAGUCACGGAUACCCUGGACCUCCAGGGCCACAUGGCCCCAAAGGCGAGAGAGGGGACGCUGGGGAUUGUGGUCUGCUGGGCCCUGAAGGAAUGCCAGGAUGUGCUGGAGAUGUGGGGGACCCGGGCUGCGAUGGACAAAGCCACGAGGGCAAUCCGGGCCCGCCAGGAAGGAGGGGCCCCCCAGGGCUCCAGGGACUGUGUGGGGACUCUUUCAUGGGUGCUCCAGGGCCUAUCGGGCCCAACGGGACUUCGGGUCCAUGUGGAACCAAAGGAGUUCCAGGCCCACCUGGCCCAACUGGAACAGAAGGUGACCAAGGACAACCAGGCCUAUACGGAAACCCUGGGCCUGAAGGAGAAAUUGGUGCCCCGGGUCAACAAGGUCCCCCAGGCCCAGCUCCUCCUGAUUGUGACUGUGGACCCUCAGGAACUAUAGGGCCCCCAGGGUGUGAGGGUGACAUGGGUCCCCCAGGUUGUUAUGGGGAGAAAGGUGAGAAGGGGGCACCCGGUCAUGCUGGCUUUGGCGAUAAAGGAUUUCCUGGAAAACCAGGCCCUCCUGGACUCCCAGGAUAUGCUGGACAGCAAGGUCCCCCAGGACUAUCAGGGGAACCUGGGCUCCUGGGGCUACCAGGACAGAAAGGUAUCAGUGGCCUCCCUGGCCGAGAUGGCUUACCUGGUGGCCCUGGGCAGUGCGGUAAUCCUGGAGCUCCUGGGGAGAAAGGAGAGAGCGGCUUUGAUGGAUGUGACGGACCACCUGGGGAUGAUGGACUCAAAGGAGAAAAAGGCAUCAGAGGAAAUCCAGGGUGUGCUGGACAACAGCGUGUGAACACAAUGAAGGGCUCUAGGGGCUGUCCUGGACCCCUCGGACCAGAUGGAUUCACCGGACCCAGAGGAGAUAAGGGUGAGCAUGGAGGGCAUGGUGCCCCUGGGUACCCAGGCUGGGACGGGCCACCUGGAUUUGAGAUGGGUCCUCGAGGAUCACCUGGGAAACAUGGGACUUGUGGUUCACCUGGUCUACCUGGACCCUCUGGCCCCAGGGGCAUCACUGGCUUCCCUGGUGACCCUGGUGACCGGGGUGACCCUGGGCCAGGUGGACUUCCUGGUACCCCAGGCUAUCCUGGGCUGAAUGGGUUGAAAGGUGAAAUAGGAGACUCUGUUGGUGGUCCAGGUCCACCUGGAGACAAAGGUCCACCUGGAGACAUUGGAUUCUCAGCUCUGGGGGGUGAUCUCGGUGAUGACGGUGACCCAGGAUUCGCUGGUGUCACAGGGGUCAGGGGGCCCCCUGGUCCAUCAGGACCCAUAGGGCCAUCAGGGCCCCCAGGUGUCAUUGGACCCCCAGGGCCAUGUGGAAUGCAAGGACCUGAAGGACCUGCGGGCAAUCCAGGAAAAAAGGGGCCUAAGGGGACCCCAGGACCCACCGGACUCAGAGGUCCUCCUGGGCCCCCUGGACUACAUGGACUAGAUGGGCUGAAAGGGGAGAAAGGAGAGCCUGGGGCAAGAGGAAUGGGUCUUCCAGGGACACCAGGGUCCAGAGGCUGUCCAGGGGACAAAGGCCCUCGAGGGUUGCAGGGCCCCCCCGGGCCCUUGCAACCAGGGCCAAAGGGCCUCAAGGGUCAGGCAGGCAACUCAGGUUGCCCUGGACCCCAGGGACUCGAAGGUCAACCAGGCAAUGACUGCAAUGAUGCCAGACCAGGGCCUUGUGGAGAGAUCGGCCUCCCUGGAUUAGAUGGCCCACCAGGGAUGCCUGGUGAGAUUGGGCACCCUGGACCAGCAGUGCCAAUUCCAGGGGACCAGGGUGACAAUGGUAUUCCAGGAGCUGUGGGGCCCAGUGGGCUGAGUGGCCCUGCAGGGCCCUCAGGACUGCCUGGGAGCGAAGGACUGCCGGGGCCAAAAGGUGAGAAAGGAUCUAUGGGGUUAAUGGGGCUUCCAGGAGACCCUGGACCCCCGGGCCCAUGUGGCCUACCUGGAUCCAAGGGAGACAAAGGGAUGGCAGGAAAUCCAGGCCGCAAAGGUCAAAAAGGGAGCGUCAUCACCUCUCUACUUCUCCCACCCCCACAUGGGAUCUUGGGACUCCCUGGAUUACAAGGCCCUGUAGGUCUCCCUGGCAAGCCUGGCCCAAUAGGAGCAGAAGGACGUAGAGGGUUAAAGGGUUCAUCAGGGUCUCCUGGGUUUCAAGGAUUAGUGGGGAUUCCAGGGCUGGCUGGAACCCCUGGAGAUGCUGGCGUUCCUGGACAACGAGGACCUUCUGGUCCACAGGGCCCCCCCGGUAUGGUGGGAGAUCCUGGAUAUCCAAGCCCAAGGAGGAAGGUUAACUCGGCCUUCCUGUUGGUGAUGCACAGUCAGUCAGACACACUGCCCGUGUGUCCUGAGGAUAUGGUCACACUGUGGAGCGGCUACAGUCUGCUGUACCUGGAGGGUCAGGAGAAGGCGCACACACAGGACUUAGGCCAUGCCGGAUCAUGUCUAAAAAUCUUCAGCACUAUGCCGUUUGCCACAUGCAACGCGGCCACCUGUGACUAUGCCAACGGCAAUGACAAAUCCUAUUGGCUGUCCACCACGGCGGCCGUACCCAUGAUGCCCGUGUCAGGGCCAGAGAUCCAGCGAUACAUCAGCCGCUGUGUGGUGUGUGAGGCCCCCUCUCCCACUGUCGCCGUGCACAGCCAAGACAGCAGCAUUCCUCUCUGUCCCCAGCACUGGAGGAGCCUGUGGGUCGGCUACUCUUUCCUCAUGCACACAGGGUCCGGUGACGAGGGCGGAGGGCAGUCACUGAUGUCGUCAGGGAGCUGCCUGAGGGACUUCCGCAGGCAGCCCUUCAUCGAGUGCCAGGGCCCGCGCGGCACCUGCCACUACUUCGCCAAUGCCUACAGCUUCUGGCUGACACACGUGGGCGUGGCUGAGCAGUUCAGCCCCGCCCACCCGACAGGCCCACUGAAGGAGGAGAGGGACCAGCGUCUGCGUGCCAGCCGGUGCAGCGUCUGCAUGAAGGAGUGACGGCUCCUACAAGUCGGCCUGCCCGUCCCAGACCUGCCAGCGCCACAGGCUUGCUCCUGCCAACAUUCCUGUGAGAACUGCACUGAAAAAUGCAAAAUGAUUGGUUACCUGAAAGGCUGUGACUACACCGAUUGGCCAUCCAAGCGGUUGGAAACACAGAGAUUGGUCACCUGAAAGGCUGUGAACACACUGGUACUUAUCUUCCUUUGUAAUUUGUUGUAUCCAAGUUCAUCCAAUGAACCUACUUGACAAAAUAUAAAAGGUAAAACAUUUUAUAAAAAAAAAUCUCUACAGUAGUAAUGUACUCAGUAAUGUGUAUUUCCAUUUGGCUGGGAUCUCCAGAGUCAGUAAGGCUUGUUUUCAUUGGCUGAAAAGUCUAUUGGGGACUGCUGGGACAGGUGGCGCACAGGUACAUGAGCUGUGGGUGCAUUCCAAUCUGCUUCCUCGUACCUAUACCCCCUAAGAAGUGACCAUUUCGCAUGAGGUCACAGAGUGUCCAGGAGAGAAGGUGGCACAGGAACACAUCAUAGUACAACAGUUCUGUGUUAAUACCCAGGGUUUAAUUCUUUAACACUUGAAAAAAUGCUACAGAGGCAAAAUAUUGGGUCCCAUUUUUGAUUAAGUGGCCCUAAUAUCCAUGUGUCUGCACUGUAUCUACAUAGACACUACUUUGUAUUUGUAUCGUAACUACUGUGUUCAUACACAUUGUGGUUGUAACAUGAGUGUAAUUACACAAACAGGUUUAAUAAAUGUAAUAUGUAAAAUGUAAUAUGUAAAAGUGUGUAUGUGCAAAGUAGUUAUGCUGUACCUAUGUCUUUAUGAGAUAUUUCAACAGUGUUUUCUGAGAAUGAAAUUAAGAGGUCACUUCCUGAGAGAGUUUGCUAUUUUUGGCACUCAGGCAAAGCAGACAGGGCAAACUAAAGUUACCUUACCUCUCUCUAAGGAUUAGGGGGGCCCUUUUGAUGGUGCUGAGGGUAGAAUGGAGCUGUUGGAAUGCAGUUUGUCUCUACAGGGCAUACCCGAGUGCUGUCCAAAAUUCUGUAUGCUCACCUGAGGGCACUCGCCAAGGUGCCUUGAGGUGUGCAUCCUCGGCUGCGUGCGCUCACCUGCAUGUGCUCAUGUGUAGCCUAUACUCUUCAUUGUUAGUACAGAGUGGAUAUAAAUUUGUUGUACAACAGUUGCAGUAGGAGCUUUUCUAUCUCCUAUAUCUGACUUUAAGAUUCUCCCAGUGCCCACACACACACACACACACACACACACACACACUAAA